AUGGCAGAUAUCAACAUGUCUUUUCUUUCAGUUCUACGUCAGUUUAUUUACAGAUUUUUCUUACUGUUAUUUGAAUGUAUGGUGAGAGUAAACAAGAAUUCAACAAACAGCUUCCUAUUGUUGGGAUUUUCCAGCUUUCCAGGUCUGGAGGGUUUAUUCUUUACCACUUUCUUUAUCAUCUAUUUGUUGAUCCUGAUUGGGAAUGCAUUCAUAAUUGUUAUAACACUAGCUAAUCAGACACUCCAUAGUCCUAUGUAUUUCUUCCUGAGAAAUUUGUCCUUUCUUGAAAUUUGCUACACUUCAAUCAUUAUACCUAAGAUGCUUGAAAACAUUGUCUCUGAAGAUAGAACCAUAUCAUUUAUCAAUUGUGCUUUUCAAAUGAGUCUCUUUCUUAUCACAGGGGCAGCAGAAUGUUUACUCCUGGCUGCUAUGGCUUAUGACCGCUAUGUUGCCAUUUGCCAACCCUUGCAUUAUUCACUCAUUAUGAACAGCAGAGUCUGUUCUGGGCUAGUGGCUGCUUCCUGGCUAGCUGGAAUUCCAGUACAACUUUCUCAGACUUUCCUUGUGUUCACCUCUUGUUUCUGUAACUCAAAUGAAAUCAAUCAUUUCUUCUGUGACAUUCCUGCUUUGCUUAGCCUGAUCUGUGGCAAUACAGCUAUAAAUGAGCAGAUUGCUCUGUUAGAGGUCAUUUUGCUUGCAUUGAUACCUUUUGCUAUGAUAUUAAUGUCUUAUAUUUGUAUUGCCAUUACUAUUCUGAAGAUACCAUCUGUUGAAGGAAGGCAUAAAGCCUUCUCAACUUGUUCCUCACAUCUCAUGGUAGUUCUGGGGUUCUACGGUUCUGGAAUAAUUGUCUAUGUGACACCAAAGUCAAGACAUUCUUUAGAUACAGAUAAAUAUCUGUCACUAUUCUAUACUGUUCUGUCUCCAUUGGUAAACCCUCUUAUUUACAGUUUGAGAAAUAGGGAAGUCCAAAUUGCUUUAGGGAAAUCUCUCACCUUUUUGCUCACAUGUGAAACAAUCCAUAAAAAAUAA